AUGGGAAGAAUUACAAGAAGCAAUGCAAAGACAAUAACUCAUAAUACUGUUACCUCUUCUCGAAGAGCUAAACAAUUAACUGAUUCAAAGAAACCUUCAGGGAGAAAGUCUAAAGCGAUAGAAAGUUUGGUAUCAAACGUGUUGAAAAAAGCAAAUGAUAGCAGAAACAAAUCUCAGGGCCAAUUGAUUAAUAACUCAUCUUUAAUAGGUAGAAAUAAACUUAUUAAUAUUGAUGAAAAAAUUUUAAAUGACGAUGAUGAAAAUAACAGCUCAAAUACAAAAUUAGAACAGCAUGCUGUCUUAAAACCAGAUGGUAGAAAUAAAGCAGCGAACAAUAAUUUAGGUAUUGACCGAGUUUCCAGGUAUUCAAAAAGGAAUAAUGCUGCUCUUUCCGCACAGGAAGUUAAAAUCACUAUUGCGAAUGAUCAGAAAGAAAUGCUUGAUGAAAUAAAUGUCAUAGAAAAAGAGGCAGCGGCAACAAUUGGAAAAGAUACUGUAAGUAAAAGUAAUAAAAAAUUUAAUAUUUUAGAUUUUUCAAUACCUUUGGUUAAUAUAUCUAUAACUUCUGAACCAGUGCAAUUUUCUAAUGCCAUUUCCAAUAAAACACCAGUUUAUAAAAAAAAUAUAAGUAAUAAUAUUACAAGUUCCAGGCGAAUAACACGCCAAAUUGAUCACUUGUAUGAUUUAGAUGUAUCUAAUGAGCCUUUAAAAGCAUUUAAGAAAACUCGUGAUGGCUUUAAAUUGAAAAAAACUAUACAACACAGAACACAAAAACCAAAGAAAUGCAUAAAAUCUAAUCAACCAUUACCAGAAAAUAAAAAAGUAGUUGAUGUUCUUAAUAAAAUUAGGAACAAUUUUAACAAUAAAAAAUUGCAAACUGAGGAUAGUACUAAAAAAGUUAUUGGUACAGGAAAAAUGCUUGAACUAAGUUGUAUGGAAAGGCAAACAGAAACCGAUGAUUUUAGCCCUGGAGGAUUUGAAAAUAGUAUUGAGAUCAAUGAAAAUGUGCACACAAAUAAAAAGAUGCAAUGCGUGAAUGAGAUAGACAUGGAUGACCACUCUCAUAAUGAUUUGGACGAUAUUGAUACUCUGAGUGAUGUCUGGCCUAUGAUUUCUACACCCGUAUCAAAUAUGAAGAACACGAGAAAAAACCUGCAUGAAUCCAUGAAUUUUGGUUCACCCAUAAAUAAUAGUUCAAAAACAGAAAAUGUUUUCAAUACUCCUUGGAGAGUAAUGGGUUUUGAAAGUAAUAGAUUACCUGCAAAUUUUCCUGUUAAAAAAUCAUUGUUGCCUAAUUACCAAAAAGAUACAUCAUUAAGAUUUUCUACAUUAGGAUCAGAAACAUUAAAGACAAGUCUUCCACAAAAAAUUUCACCAGUUAAAUUAUUUGAAGAUGACUUUACAGCACAUGAUAAUUAUAUUUUGAAGACUCAGAACUUAUUGAAUCCACAAAAAAGUCUAAUAAUGAGCAAUUCUUCUGUAAAUGAAAAUGAAGAAAGUAUUGAGAAUGAAAUAUUGAAUGAAGAAGUAAUAGCAAAUAAUUGCGAAGAAAAUAGAAAUCAAAUUAAUGUUUCUAAAAGUAAAUCUUUCGAUAAAGAAAAUAAUCCGGAUAGUAUCAAUAAUAUAUUUAGCUUUGAUUCUAUAAAUGAAGAAAAUAGAAAUCAAACUAAAGGUAAAUCUUUCGAUAAAGAAAAUAAUCCGGAUAGUAUCAAAAAUAUAUUUGGCUUUGAUUCUAUAAAUGAAGAUGUAAAUGUUUUGAACGAAGUUAAUGAAAAUGUGCCUAGAACAACUAGAGUUUCUUUACGAGAAAUUAAAAAUGUAAUUCAUUAUGCAAAAAAGCAGAAAAAAUUUGCAGGUCAUCAGAAUCUAAAUACUCAAAAUGUACUAAAUAAAGUUACAACAUUAUCAGAGACAGAAAAUAAUCAAUCCAUAAUUUCCGAAAAAAUAAAUGUUGAUAUGAGUUUGGAAUCAGAAAAUGUAAAUAAUUCUGAUGAAAACCAGCUUCGCCCUAUAUUAUUUGACGAUCCUGAGGAAUUCAAUGUCUCGCUGAAACUACCUGAGAAUUUUCAAUGUGAUGAAGUAUCUCCAAUGAAAAAGAGUAAAUUAAAAAUGUUUCAGCCAAAGACACAUAAAAGUAAAGCAAUUAAAUUAACAACAGAGGAGUGGGUUGAGUCAAAAAAAUGGGAGAGAGAAUUCAAUGCAAUGGUCAAAGAUGUGGAAUCCUUUGAAAUGAUAAUUGAAUAAUUUAUUAGAGUACAAAAUUGAAUGCCAU